UAAUGAAGAUCUGAGAUGAAUGCCUGGACGCAGGCUCCCUCAAAGCAGAUUAGAGUCGAUGUGUUCCUGGGCCCCGUGGAAGCUUACGUCCUGGCGCCCGUUGCCCGAUUCUCCGGCGCCUGGAAUGUGCCCCUGCUCACCCCAGGGGGUCAGCCCAACGCCUUCGACACCCGCAAGGACUACCCGCUGCUCACGCGCCUCAAGGGCUUCUACACAGAGGUGGGGGAGCUCUUUUCCUCCGUGGUGAAGCAAUGGGACUGGAAGGUUCUGGGUCUGCUUUACGAGGACACUGACGAGUCGCGAGGAAAAUCCGUGUGCCAUUUUACCCUGGAGUCCAUCUACACCUCGUUCACGCAGAAGCCCCACCACGAGCGUUUCGAGCCCAAGAUUAGCAACUUCACGCAGCUCCUCAUGAAGUUCCACGACAAAGCAAGGAUGCUCUACCUCUCCUCCGGCGUGGCGAUGCAGCUCAAGGAGAGGGUGCUGGUGGGCGAAGGCUGCCGAGCGGAACAAAGUUAUUGAUGCAGUUUAUUGGUGGUCACUGCUCUUCCAUUCCGCCGCCGUCGCUGCCACCACGGCACUGCCUCGCCUGGGAUGAGCAGCCCCAAUCCAGGUUAAAGUGAUAUUUACUCGAGUUUGAUAAAAUCAUGACAUUAAAUUUGAAUGCUGUGUUGUCUGUCUAGCCGGGGAUUGAUAAAGAAAUAUUUGUACAUGUUCACAUUGUGUUUACAAU